AUGUCGCUGUUAGCCAUUUGCAAGGUUCUUCUGAUCUUCAGUCUGAUUUGCACACUGGUCGCGAAACCGUCAACGAGGACCAAAAGACAGACCCUAGCAGAAGCUGCGUCAGCAGCGGAAGUUGAACAGCCAAGAGUGCUCCUCAACUACCUCAGAAAAUUAGGGGCGCCACUACUGAAAACGGCCAGCGAUGCAUUCAUGACAAAAGUGCUGCCAAAAUCGGUAGCCGACGAGUUGCAGCGUUACGCUGGAAGUGAAAUGCCGAAGGACCCGUUCCCGGCAACAUCCGGAGACUCCUUCGGAUCAGACGUGCCAACAUCCUUGGGUCGUUCAUCAUCCUCUUCCUCCUCAUUCGGUUCUUCCGGCAUACUUGAUCUGAGUCAGCUGAACGGCUUCAGUUCCGGUAGCCUUCCCGGUGUGGCACCCAUUCCCGUCCCAACCUUUCCCAAAGAGGGCAGCAUCCAAAACUUACCCGGCAUCAACAGUAUCCCCGGACUCGACUCUUUCAAUUACAUCAUCGGCCAGCUGGUGCCACAGGCAGUGCAGCCGGUUAGUCAUUUGCUUGGCGGAACGAUUAACUUGGAAAACGUUGACGUGCAGAAAAUGAUGGGCAGGUGGUACCAAGUUAUAACAAGUCCGCAUGUCUUCAAGGAAUCCUGUACCAUCACUCAGUUCGGAGCGCUGACCAACAGCUCGUACAGCGCCUCGUUUAUCGUACUCAAAUUCUUCCGCGAAGGCAACACGUUCGGCCCACCAAGAAUGGUCGUCGGCUACGGCUUCAAAGUUGGCAAGAAUGGAACCUUCACCAUUCACAGCAGCAACUCGCCGAACUCAGAACCAUUUAUGGUCGUUAAACUUGGCCCCCUGAACGAGAACAACCAGUACGAAUACGCUGUCAUAUCAAACUGGAUUCGCUAUCCCGUUUAUGUACUAGCAAGAGACCCGGAAAGAUUUGCGAAGUACUAUAUGAGGAAUGUGCUUCAGUUCAUGGAAGAAAAGCGUUAUAUAAACACGAUUACCAAAGCACUCCAUCUCAUCGCGCCCGUCAGCUACGAAGAAUGCCAAUACACGCCGAUUUUCAAGUAG